AUGGCUGAAUACCUGUCUCUAAAUCAGGAGGCCCUGAUUGAGAAGUGUCAAGCAAAAGGAAUUCCCUAUGAAGGAAAAUCUGUCACAGAGCUGAGAGUAUUGCUAAUUCAGAGCUGCGCUGAAAAACUCCCUGCGCCUGCAGAGUCUAAUGUGCCAUGGGAAGUACAGUUACAGAGAGAACAGAUAGCACUGGAAAGAGAGAAGAUGCGGAUGGAACAGGCCAAGAUGGAGAUGGAAGCAAGAGACGCCAAGGAAAAGAGAGACUUGGAGCAUGCGAGGAUGGAUCACGAGGCCCAGCUUGAGCUGGAAAAGGUGCGGGUGGAGUUGGAGAAAGCCAAGCUGGAAGCUGAGGUUAAGACCCAGCAGCAGCAGAGGAGCGAGAUGGCAUCCCUGCAGCCCUACAAUGUGACCCCCAAAGCCUUUGCACCAGGAGAAAAUCCUCACACCUUCCUGACUACCUCUGAGAGUGCAUCUAGGAACUGGGGAGUGAAAGAAGACGACUUCAUGAGAUCAACUGAACCAUCUGCAAGAACGAUUGUGGCUGGCACCAACUCAGAAGAAUCCACAAAUAAGGGUCUUGCUGAAAUGAGGGUCUCUUUGGAACAAAAAAGUCUCCAAGAUGUAUUCGUUGAUGCUGAUAUAGAGUCAAAAUUGUUAAAGAACACAACACUUGAUAUUGCUUUCACAGGGGUUUCUGGGGCUGGUAAAUCAUCCCUUGUGAAUGCCUUUCGUAAUGUUUCAGAUCAUAAAGAAGGAGCAGCUAAAACUGGGGUGAAACAGACUACUAUGGUUCUAGAGAGAUACCCCCAUCCUUCAUUUCCAGAACUAACACUAUGGGAUCUACCAGGAAUAGGGACACCUGAAUUUAAACCAAAAGAAUACCUAGAGAAGGUAAAUUUUAGAAGGUAUGACUUCUUCAUCAUUGUCGCCUCGGAGCGCUUCACUGAGCAUGACACAAUGCUGGCCUCAGAAAUUCGAAAGAUGAAUAAGCGGUUUUACUUUGUUCGCACCAAAGUGGAUCAAGCUAUGGACGCUGAAAGAAGGAAGCCAAACUUUAAUGAGACAAAGACCUUGGAAGAGAUAAGAAAAUACUGCCUUUGCAAUUUGAGAGAAGAAGGAGCCACCGACCCAAGGGUUUUUCUGAUAUCUAGCUGGUAUUUGAAUAUGUAUGAUUUCCCUCUCCUGCAGAAGACCCUAGCAGAUGACCUGACCGAAAUCAAGAGACCUCUUCUCAGGAGGGCUGCUUUAGCCUUCUCUCCCAGGAAGGGAUCCUCAAAAUCCAGGAACACUCCACCCGGGGAGCAUUACAAAUUUGUGCUCCUGUCUGUCAUUGUAAGACAGGAACUGGAAAAGAUGAAGGAUGAUUUGGAAAACAAAAGUUUCCAAGAUGUGAUAAAACAAAGUCAAGAAGACCUGAAGUUAUUAGAAAACUCUGCACUUGACAUCGCCAUCACAGGAGCGUCAGGUGCUGGUAAAUCAUCAUUUGUCAAUGCCCUGCGAGGAAUGACAGACUGUGAAGAAGGUGCAGCUGAGACUGGGGAGGUGGAAAUAACAACAGUGCCAAAGAAAUAUCCACAUCCCACAUUCCCAAAAGUUGCAAUAUGGGAUCUACCAGGCAUUGGGACAUCUCAAUUUAAAGAAAAGGAAUAUCUCAAGAAGGUACAUUUUAAGGAGUAUGAUUGUUUCAUCAUCGUUGCCUCAAAUCGCUUCACUGAGAAUGAUGUCUUCCUGGCCCGUGAAAUUCAUAAAAUGGGGAAGAAGUUCUACUAUGUGCGCACCAAAGCAGAUGUCAGUAUAGAUUCUGAAAGAAGAAAACCACAUUUCACUGAGGAGAAAUGCCUGGAGAAGAUUAGGAAGUACUGCUGUGAUAAUCUGACACAGGCAGGAGAAUCUAAUCCGCAGGUUUUUCUCAUCUCCAGAUGGAAUUUGGAUAUGUAUGAUUUCCCGUUCCUGGAAGAGACUUUGGAGAAUGACUUGGAUGGUCUCAAGAGAGAGGCUUUAAUUCAGGCUAUGCCAGCUUUCUCCAAAGAUGUCCUGAAGAAGAAAAGGGCUGCUAUGGAAGUCUAUAUCAGGAACGUAGCCCUUGUGUCUUGUGCCAUUGGGGCCCUUCCUGUCCCUGGCCUCUCUCUGGCUUGUGAUAUUGGCAUCUUGGUGGCAACCAUGAUACAUAUCUGCAAAGUCUUUGGCUUGAAUGAAGAUUCCCUCCAAAGACUUGCAAACCGGGUUGGCAUACCUGUUGAUGUCUUGAGAUCAGUUAUCAAAAAGUCUCCAAUGGCCAGCCAAAUCACCACUGAAUUUGUACUUGAUCUGUUGACUAGGUCAGUGAUGUGGGGAUCACUGAUGGUGGUCGAAUUAGCUCUUGAUUUCAUACCGGUGUUGGGCUCCCUAGCAGGCGGAGGGCUUUCUUUUGUAACUACCUUCUACAUCCUGAAGAACUUUCUGCUUGAUGUUGCGGAAGAUGCUGAAAACGUCCGGGCAAAAGCUGCAGAGUUCCAUCCCAAACGUCAGCGGAACCAAAGCAAACAAUUCUUCAUGGGCUUCCGAGCCAGAAAACGCGUGCCCAAAGGAAAGAUCAGCUCAAAAGUGGUGUGGUUUGCCUCUCUUUUAGCGCGGCUUUUAUUGCAAAACAAGAAGAACCAAAAUGGGCUUUGCCACCUCAAAAGUAAUGGUAAAAACCGACCUGGAAGAGCUGAAGAGUGCUUUGAGAAAAAACAGUCUCCAGAAUCUUCAAAACAAAUUAAUGAGGAAUUGAAUGUACUAGACAACACCAACCUUGACAUCGCCAUCACAGGCACCGGGGCCAGUAAACCAUCCCUUGUCAGUGCUCUGAGAGGAAUGACUGAUUAUGAGGAGGGUGCAGCUAAGGUUGGGAACACAGAAACAAUGGUGGAGCCAGAGAAAUAUGCACAUCCCAUAUUUCCCAAUGUAACCAUGUGGGAUCUACCAGGAAUCGGGACACCAAAAUUUCAAGUAAAGGAAUACCUGAGGAAGAUCAAUUUCCCAAAGUAUGAUUUCUUCAUUAUUGUUGCUGCAAGAUACUUUUCAAAAAAUGAUGUCCUGCUAGCCAAAGAAAUUCAGAAAAUGAACAAGAAGUAUUACUUUGUGCGCUCCAAAGUAGAUCAGGGUAUAAUAGCUGAAGCAUGGAAUCCAGCCUUCAGUGAGGAAAAAACCCUUGAGAAGAUUAGGAAAUGUUGCUGUGAAAAUCUGAGAAAAGUGGGAGAAUCUAACCCAAAGGUUUUUCUCCUUUCCAACUGGAUGCUGGAUGCAUAUGAUUUCCCCCUCUUACAAAACACCUUGGCAAAUGAAUUAGAUGUCUUCAGGGGACAUAAUUUAAUUGAAUCAAUGCCAGCUUUCUCAAGAGAAACCUUGGAGAAGAAAAAGGCUGCUAUGAAGGGCCUCAUAGGGAAAAUAGCCCUUGUGUCUAGUGUUAUAGGUGCAGUUCCUGCAGGCCUUUCUCUUGUCUGCAACAUUUCCUUCUUGGUGGCAACAAUGGUAAAAUUCUGCAAGGUCUUUGGCUUGGAUGAAGAGUGUCUUGGUAGACUUGCACAGCAGGUUGGCAAACCUAUUGAUGAGCUGAAAUCGGCUGUCAAAAAGGCACCCUUAGCCAGUCAAAUCACCAAAGAAUCUGUAAUCGAUCUGGCAACUAAGUCAAAGCUUUGUGGGGUAAUGAUGGCAGUCAGAUUUGCUCUUCAUUUCAUACCUGAGUUGGGCUUUCUAGAUGGUGGAGGAACAUCUUUUGUAACUACCUUCUACAUGCUAAAAAGCUUUAUGAGUGAUGUUGUGGAAGAUGCUGAGAAUGUCUGGGCAAAAGCUGCAAAACUGCAGGGCAAGCAAAGUGCCAAGACUUCAAUGCCAUAG